AAAGGAACUUCACUUUGGACCGGAAUUUAGUACCAAUUGUCAAUUAUAUAUAAGCUUGAGUCUCUUGUGAAUCAAAUAUCAUUCAUCGAUUAGUUGUUUUCUGACUUACAUCAUCAACCUCCUUCGAAACUCUAAACAUGUCUAAGAUCACCUUCGUCGUUCUGUUGGCCUUCUUCGGAGCCAUCGCUGCCAUGCCUCAGUACCACGGCCAGCAGCAUCACCACGAGGAGGAACACCAUGGACCAGUGCACUACGAAUUCCACUAUGACAUCCAUGAUGAUCACACCGGAGAUGUUCAUGGACGCAAGGAAGAGCGCAAGGAUCAUCAGACUCAAGGCCAGUACUAUCUGAUCGAUGCCGAUGGUUACAAGCGCACUGUCACCUACCAGGUCGAUGGCAAGAGUGGAUUCGUUGCUCAGGUUCACCGGGAGCCAAUCAAGGGAUACCAGCAGCCUCAGCAGCACCAUCAGAUCCAUAAGGUCGUUGCUGUCCCAGUUCAUCAUCAGCACCACUACUAGGGUUCCAAUUCAUACUUAGUUCAAUUGUAUAAAGCCAAAUAGACACAUUGUUUGUUAAAAUUCAA